UCUACGCACGCGCAGCCGCUUCAGUUGUGAACGCGACUUCAAGGCGCACGGUUCGCAUGACUCUUAAUACAAUUGAUUGCGGUUUUUGUAGUGGUUUUUGCAAAUCGCGCGCGUGCCCAUAGUCGGGAAUUGAUAUAUUGAGCGAGAUCUCAUUGAUUUUACGCACGUAAUUAGAACAAACGGAUUGGCCGUUAAUUGCAGUGGACAGUAAUUGCUGUGCAACCUGCAUACCAGUCCAACGGUGUCUCGUUAAUGUGUCAAUUGGCGAUUUGUGAUUGACGCGUCACGGCGAGCAGGUGUGCGUGUGCCUGUGUGUGUUCGUGUGUGUGUGUGACAUGUGCUAAUUGGAAACAGCUCCAAUUUUGCCCAAACAUGUCCAAGCUGCUCGCCAAGAAGCGCUGGUGGAAAAUCUGCCUGCCACACACGCAAAAUGAUGCCACAAAAAACUAUCGCGAGAUUAUUAUGCACAGCGAAUGUGCCUCGGUGCUGGCCAUCACCGAUACCAGCAGCAGCAGCAGCAGCGCCAGCAGCGGCUCGCCCAGCGACAGCAUCUCGAAGAACUCCCAGCCGGAUGCGGGCAAACUGUUUCCGCGCAAUAUGCCCAGCAUACGACGCAGCCGGCGACGCUCCGCCGAACGCCGACCGGAACCAGCUGCUGCGCCAGCUCCAGCUCCAGCUCCAGCUCCAGCGGCCACUUUGACUGUGCCCGCCCAGCAGCCGCAGCGCAGCGCUCAUCAGUCGCGCCAAUCGACGGUGGCCAAAUUGACGCCGCGCAAGCCGAAGACCAACUGUUCCAAGCAGCGCGCGCUGCCCAGCGCCGGUUACCCGAUCAAGGCUGCUGUCAAGACCAAAACGAAGCCCAAGCAGCUGACGCUGGCGCCCUAUGACAUAGCGCUGGAGCUGCCGGCGCCCAGCUGCCCGCUGACCGAGGGCACGCCCAGCCUGGCGCGGGCGCUGCACUCGCAGCAGUCGAGUCUGAUCAGCAGCGAUUUGUCCGGCGAUAAUGUGCCCCUCAAGCUGCAGGAGGAGCACUUCCAUUCCUCGGGCAUAUCCUGCAAUGGCGAGACGGACGAUGAUGUCGAGGUGGCCAUGCUCACGGGCAGCCUCAGUCCAGCGCAGCUGCAGCGCCUGCAACAGCAGCAGAAGCGAACCAUGCCCACUUUGUCGACGCCGCGACAUUUGCCCCUAAACGAGCUACGCAAUUUGAAUGUUUGCCGGAAUCGCAGCACCGUUUGGCUGCACAAUGCGGACACGGAGCAGCUGCUGGGCGGUGGGCGUGGCAGCGGCAGCGGCAGAGGGCAGUCCAAAACCGAAGCGGGCUGCUACUUAAAUGCGGCCAUUGCUGAUGAUAUGCAAUUAAGCGAUAUUGAAGAACAAUUGGCCAAGUUUGAUGGCCAGCAACAACAACAACAAGAUCAACAACACGGCAAAGCUGCCAAAACGUGA